AUGAGCUAUUUUGAUCAAGUUAAAGAGCAGAAAGGCCAACUCUUCAACAACGUACACGUCACAGAUAGCGGCGUCGACACCACCGAAUUCCUCGACGCUGCUGCCAUCGUUGUUCAGCUGUUCGAUUUACUAGGAAAUAAGGCGUUUUCUGUUGUCCAGAGCGAUCUCCUUGGCAACAUAAGAAAGGUCAGAGAUAGACAUGACGCUGAGCCACUCCGUUCGUCCACCUUGGAGCAACUCGUAGCCGCUGAAAACCUCGACAAGCAAUACACUGCUACUCAGGGCCUUGUAUGGCUUCUGCGUGGUUUGGAGUUCACCUACAAAGCCCUCCUCCGCUCACUCAGAAACCCUGACGAAGAACUCUCAGACUCUUUCUCCAUUGCAUACCAAGAAUCCCUCAAACAGUUCCACAGCUUUGUCGUUAAGCCCAUUUUCAAUCUCGCUAUGAAGGCGUGUCCUUACAGGAAGGACUUUUACGCCAAACUCGGCGGUGAUCCUACGACCGUGGACAUUGAGUUGGGUGAUUGGCUUGCAGCGCUCGAGAGACAAGUCGUGCAAGUGCAAACAUUCAUCCAGAAGCACAACUACGAUAAGGGUUUGUAA